AGCAGCAUAAGAGACUAUAGGGGUUGUGGCUGGAGGAGGACUUUCAGAACCAUGGAACUCACAGAUCUCUUGAUUUCCAUAGGAGGGCUUAUGUUUGGGGGCUUCCUGUGAAGAAGCAAAUGAGUCAAAGACAGCUGUGGAUGGGGCCCCAAAACUUCUGGGAAGCAGAGCACAGUCUGGGUUCAGUUGGUGCCUAAGAGACCCAUCCUUUCUACUGUUCUAUCUGGCUCUGCCUGCUUCUCUCCAUAUCUACCUCUGCUUACCACAGCAACUAGGGCCAAGAACAGAAGGUGUAGUGAGAAGACUGCUCAUAAAUCGGCCUCAAACGUAAGCCCUAUUACUGGUCUUUACUGAGGAUGGCAUUGACUAUGCCCAAGGCCGUGGUGAGAAGAGUAUCAGUGAAAAAACCAGACUCACACAGGUUUUCUGGAUGACUAGGCCUUCCACUGCAAAGGCGGGGUUGGAAGUGGGCUGGGCCAUCCUCUGGGAUCCAUAGAGAAAUAAUGAUGCUGUGGGAGUACAGUGUGGAAUAAAAGGCCAGGCCUCUGAUGCUUCUCCACACAUGACUCUACCCAGCACCCUCUCUCCCAUCUUGAGUACAUGGCCUGACCAGAAAUUUCAGGAUACCUGGCAGUCUCUGAAUUUUACCAGUUUCAAAGUAAAGACAGCCUAUGUGGAUAUGAAGCUGCAUGACUGGGACCUGAAGAACCACACUGCCCUUAUCCUGGUGCAUCAGGAAACUCUGGAGCCCACUGAGGCAGAGUCAGAUGUGCCAGCCCCAGGGCUCCUUCCAGUUGCAGAGCCAGAAAAGGGGUCUACUAUGGAACUAGAGACAGCGCCAGUUAUGUUUCAACCAUCACCUCAAGCGUCAGAGCCAGCAUCACCUCCAUCAGCUGUUCCAGAACUGGAACAAGUGUUAACAUCUUCUUCAGCAUAUGUGCCAGGUCCACAGCUACAAUCAGCUCAAUCAUCAGCUUUACUUAGAAUUUUAACUCCAGCUCUAAAAAUAGAGACAGAGCCAACUCCAGCGCCAGAGCCUUCCUGCCACGGGCAUGUGACCCCAAAGAACCAGCUGAAUGAGGAGAAGCCCAGCCUCAUGGACUUCCCUCCCAAGCUGGUGGCAGAGCAGCUAACGUACAUAGAUGCGGAGCUGUUCAAGAAGGUGCUGCCUCAUCAGUGCCUGGGCUCCAUCUGGUCCAAGCGGAAUAAGCCUGGUAAUGAGCACCUGGCACCCACAGUCUGUGCUACCGUCACCCAAUUUAACAGUGUGGUCAACUGUGUCAUCACCACCUGCCUUGGAAACCCAAGAAUGAUAGCCCAGGACAGGGCCAUGGUGGUGGAGCACUGGAUAAAGGUGGCCAAGGCCUGUCAAAUCAUGCGGAACUACUCUUCACUGCAUGCCAUCCUCUCUGCUCUGCAGAGUGUCUCAAUUUACCGUCUGAAGAAGACAUGGGAGAAAGUUUCCAGGAAGAGCUUUCAAAAAUUUAAAAAGCUGUGCACUGAAGAUAACCCACAGAGAAGGGAACUGUUCCUGAAGGAGCGGCCAUCUAAAUGGGCCACCCUGAUGAUGAGCCUCCAGAGAGCCCAGAAAAGGCUGCAGAAGAAGGGUGUUGUCCCCUUCCUUGGCACUUUCCUCACUGACAUGGUGAUGCUGGACACUGCAAUGGAGGACUAUCUGAAGGGCGAUGAGAUCAACCAUAAGAAAAAAACUAAGGAAUACAAAGUAAUGAAAGAGAUCAUGCUCCUCCAGGUGGCUGCAGAUAACUACACUCUAGAACCGAAGGAUCAGUUUAGAGCCUGGUUCCAGGCUGUGGAGCGACUCAGUGAGGAUGAGAGCUACAUCCUGUCCUGCCAGCUGGAGCCCCAAUCCUAACUGACCAGUGGAACUCAAGAACAAGAAGAAUUGGCCACAAUCAAGCUCAGGACUGAGUGAAUGUCCAGUGAUAGUGCAACCUUUCCUCAGCAGCUUGGACACUUGCUGUGAUGAAUCCCAUCUCCUUGACACUUUUUCCUCCCAUCUAUUUACCUACUUGGAGUGGCAAUAUUUAUCUUAAAUAGUAAAAGCUAGAUUUGAAUAUUAUUAUAUUAAAGCCUUCUUUCUUUUAUA